AUGGAUUCCAAUUACGAGCGCAUUGAAAAAGGAACUACUUCUGCCAUAUCAAACAAAAAUCAAGAAUGUGGAUUUUGCUUCAGUACCCGUGAUGCAGCUCAAUUUUUAAGGAUUUGUGAUUCUGGUCACGCGGUCUGUAGAAACUGCUUCGACAACCUUCAAAACGCUGACCGUAACAGUGUUUGUCCAACUUGCCACGAAGUUGUCCCUAGAAUUGCGCUACAGCCUCCAAAUGGUCAAAUGAAGUCUGGUAUCAUAGAAAAAGGUUUGGUGGGUCACGAGAGCUGUGCUACAAUAUAUGUCGACUAUGAAUUUCCUGAGGGAACACAGGGCCUCUUUCAUCCGAACCCUGGCACUCCUUACGACAAACUUUCUAGGAGGACAUUUCUUCCAGAUAACGAAGAAGGCAGGGAAGUGUUAGAUCUUCUCAAGAAUGCAUUUGAUGCUAGUAUUCUCUUCACUGUGGGUAAAUCUACGAUCAAUGACAAGGAUAAUCAAAUCAUAUUCAACGAGGACAUAGAACACAAGACUAAUGUCAAUGGUGGACCCAAAGUCUCCGCUACCCUAAAGCUUCCUUGGACAUAUCCAAAAGUUUCCCUCGAUUUGAUUUGUCCCCCUCCCGCCUGGCUACGCCCUUACUGUGCUGUUCACUAUCAACAAGAGAAAAAACAAGUACAAGUAUCAAAGCGUCUCCAAAAUUGGGAGAGACUACAUAUCAAGCAAUUGAUGUAA